AUUGGUCUCGUGACCAAGUGCUCCCUUUUUACAUCGAAUCUGUCUCCCUGCUGAAAGCGGCGUAAACGCCAGCGGCGAAGUAUCUGCAGUUUAUCUAUAUUUUGUAACGGGUUUUCACGAGUUUCUCAUGUUUGACGUUCAAAACCCAAAGUUUAUUUCAAUGUGAAUGCGAUAAACGGUGGUAUUUCAUAAUAUUUAAUGUGUGUCGCCCACAAACACUAUUUGAAAUUUAACACAAACAAACUGAAGCCGAAAACUAGGUACUUGUCUGUCGUUCAACAUUUCGUAUAAAGUCAAACUCGAAGGGGAGGAUUGCAGGUUCUGCUCCGGACAUAAUUGUAAAUAAGGUAACAGUCUGUUUGAAGUCGUUACCGUCCACAUCAGCGAUGCAUUCCGAAACUCGCCCGUUUGACUCCGAACAACCUGUGUAAUGGAGGGUAAUGUGAGGAGCGAACACUGCUCGCCUGCAGACUGAUUUAGAGAAGCGGUGGAGGUGCACCAGAAAGAGUUAGGAAACCAAUCACAGCCGGUGGGAGUAUUUUGAGAUUCACUUGGAGGAGACGAGCUCGCGCGUCAAGCGCUGUCCCUUUCAGCACCCUGAACAGCUCGUGCGGCUCAGCUCAGGCGGCGAAAGCGCGAGGAACCCUCGUCUAGACACCGAAGAGCAGGUUUUGCUCCCAGGAUGUGAGUGAGUGUGUCCUCUGGCUCCCUGUUCCACUCUGAGUCUCUCCCUGCCCCCUGAAAUGCCCGCCUCGAGCCCCCGGAAACUUCCACACUUCCCCCCCCCUGUGGGCUCAGCGCCCUCCAAUCAGCACUGAUCCGGAGGAGGCGGGGUCCCCAUGGUCCCGCCCACACCCUGCGCCAACUGCCUCGUCAUCUCCCCCGCCCGCCGCUCCAGCUGCCUGAGCCCCGCCCGUUUCCCGUGCCCCGCCCCCCGUCGCCAUGGCGAGGGGUGGUGAUUGGCCAGUCCUGCUGUGGGCCGGCUGGUGCUGCUGCUGCUGCUGGCUGGCGGUUCGGGCGCAGCGGGCCGACCCCCCGGCCCCGGAGCACGCCCACUCCAUCCGGCUGGACGGUGACAUCAUCCUGGGGGGGCUGUUCCCGGUGCACGCCCGCGGCGACCGCGGCGCCCCCUGUGGCGAGCUGAAGAAGGAGAAGGGCAUCCACCGCCUGGAGGCCAUGCUGUUCGCCAUCGACCUGAUCAACAAGGACCCCGAGCUGCUGCCCAACGUCACGCUGGGGGCGCGCGUCCUGGACACCUGCUCGCGGGACACCUACGCCCUGGAGCAGUCGCUCACCUUCGUGCAGGCGCUCAUCGAGAAGGACGGCUCCGACGUGCACUGCGCCAGCGGCGACCCGCCCGUCUUCGCCAAGCCCGACAAGAUCGUGGGCGUGAUCGGCGCCGCCGCCAGCUCGGUGUCCAUCAUGGUGGCCAACAUCCUGCGGCUCUUUAAGAUCCCGCAGAUCAGCUACGCCUCCACGGCGCCGGAGCUCAGCGAUAACAGCCGCUACGACUUCUUCUCCCGCGUGGUGCCGCCCGACUCCUACCAGGCGCAGGCCAUGCUGGACAUCGUCAUGGCGAUGGGCUGGAACUACGUCUCCACGCUGGCGUCCGAGGGCAACUACGGCGAGAGCGGCGUGGAGGCCUUCGUCCAGAUCUCCCGGGAGACCGGCGGGGUGUGCAUCGCUCAGUCUCUGAAGAUCCCCCGGGAGCCCAAACCCGGAGAGUUCGACAAGAUCAUCCUGCGCCUGCUGGAGACCUCCAGCGCCCGCGCCAUCGCCAUGUUCGCCAACGAGGACGACAUCCGGCGGAUCCUGAGUGCUGCCAAGCGGAACAAUCAGACGGGUCACUUCCUGUGGGUGGGGUCAGACAGCUGGGGCUCCAAGAUUUCCCCUGUGGUCCAGCAGGAGAGGGUGGCAGAGGGUGCGGUGACCAUCCUGCCCAAAAGAGCCUCUGUGGACGCCUUUGACAGGUACUUCCGGAGCCGAUCUCUCUCCAACAACAGGCGCAAUGUGUGGUUCGCUGAGUUCUGGGAAGAGAACUUCAACUGCAAGCUGGGGUCACACGGCAAGCGACUGGGCAGCCCCAAGAAAUGCACAGGGCUGGAGAAGGUGGGCCGGGACUCCAGCUACGAGCAGGAGGGGAAGGUGCAGUUUGUGAUGGACGCGGUGUACGCCAUGGCCCACGCCCUGCACCGCAUGCACCGCGACCUGUGCGCCGGAGCGCCCGGGCUCUGCGCCCGCAUGAGCAGCGUGGACGGCAAGGAGCUGCUGCGCUACGUCCGCGCGGUCAGCUUCAAUGGAAGUGCCGGGACUCCCGUGGUGUUCAACGAGAACGGGGACGCCCCGGGACGCUACGACAUCUUCCAGUACCAGAUCCGGAACGGGUCGGCGCCGGAGUACCGGCUGAUCGGCCGCUGGACCAACCAGCUGCACCUGAACGUGCGGGCGAUGCGCUGGGCGGGGGGCGGGGCUGCGGUGCCCGUGUCGGUGUGCAGCCUGCCGUGCGGUGUGGGCGAGCGGAAGAAGCGGGUGAAGGGCGUGGCGUGCUGCUGGCACUGCGAGCGCUGCGAGGGCUACCACUACCAGGCCAGCGAGCUGAGCUGCGAGCUGUGCCCGUACGAGCAGCGCCCCAACCGCACCCGCACCGGCUGCCAGCCCAUCCCCAUCGUGCGGCUGGACUGGCACUCGCCCUGGGCGGCGCUGCCCGUCCUCCUGUCCGUGCUGGGCAUCGUGGCCACCACGCUGGUGAUGGCGGCCUUCCUGCGGCACAACGACACGCCCAUCGUGCGGGCCUCCGGGCGGGAGAUGAGCUACGUGCUGCUGACGGGCAUCUUCCUGUGCUACGCCGCCACCUUCCCCAUGAUCGCCGCGCCGGGCGUGGCCGUCUGCGCCUGCCGCCGCGUGCUGCUGGGCCUCGGCAUGUGCUUCAGCUACGCCGCGCUGCUCACCAAGACCAACCGCAUCCACCGCAUCUUCCAGCAGGGCCGCAAGUCCGUGGCCGCGCCCCGCUUCAUCAGCCCCGCCUCCCAGCUGGCCAUCACCUUCAGCCUGAUCUCGGUGCAGCUGCUGGGCGUGCUGGUGUGGUUCGCCCUGGACCCGCCCCACACCGUGGUGGACUUCGGCGAGCAGCGCACGCAGGACCCCGAGGCCGCCCGGGGCGUGCUCAAGUGCGACAUCUCGGACCUGUCGCUCAUCUGCUCGCUGGGCUACAGCAUCCUGCUGAUGGUCACCUGCACCGUGUACGCCAUCAAGACGCGCAGCGUGCCCGAGACCUUCAACGAGGCCAAGCCCAUCGGCUUCACCAUGACACCACCUGCACGCUGGCUGGCCUCAUCCCAUCUCUUGAUGUACAUCCAGACCACCACCCUGACGGUCUCUCCCCUGCAGAUGUACAUCCAGACCACCCCUACGCACAAGACAAGCUCGUCUCUUGCAUCAGCCAUCAGGACCAUCGUCUCUGGGUUGUGA